AUGCCUCGCGCCAUCCACUUCAUCUUCCCCGAGGCGAAGAAAAGGGCUAGCCAGCGCCCUUCGGCCUGUGUUGUCAUCCAAGACGCCCAUCUCGGCGCGAGAGGUGCCUGCGGCCGGGUGGCGGCUAAGAGCCGGGAGAGCAUUGAGCCCGUUUGCAUCGGCCAUCUAUGCAGAUACAAACGCUCCAAUGGGCGUCGAUGCACGAGAACACCACUGAGUCUCGCUCAUGGCGACAUCGACCCUCUUGCGGGCUGGCUACCCAACACCGAGCAGUCGCCAUACUGCGAACGUCACGAGCGGCACAACUGCAUCGGGUUCCUUUACGAUGCUGUGCGGUGCCCCGAGGCAAAGACUGAAGGGAGGGAGUACUGCUCAGCUCAUGCAGCUACGCUGUGCAAAUGGAAAGCGAACGAUGGCUCGCUCGCGAUUGCAACCGAAGAAGGCCACGAAUGCCCCCAGCCUCGAUCUCGCUCGGCCAUAUUCUGCAAGAGCCAUCGUUGCGUCUGGAGAAACGGCGAAGGCAAGCAAUGCCCCAACACCUCCUAUCCCAACACCGGCGGUGUCUGCGCCCCUCACACUUGUGAGAAAGCCAACUGCGGAAACGGGGCCCUGGACGACUUGGACCGUUGCUCGGAGCAUGUGUGCGCAUUCCAGCGCCCUGAUCAGCCGAGCGAUUUUCCGGUUUGCCCCGGCGAGCCGAUCCAGGGGCAGCCUUUUUGUGAGCCCCACGACCGCUAUGUUCGGCUGUAUGAGCGGGUGAUGCUGGAUGGUUUUCUGUUGAAUAGGCCGGCAGUAUGGUAG